AUGUUCGAUAGCAAAGAGUUCUAUUACGAUUUGUGGAAUAAUUAUUUGCCAGAAGAUGCACACGUUCGAUGUUCCGGUCGACUCUACAUCUCAGUAACCAAACUAUUUCCCUAUCCGCACAACCAAAUUGUCAGUCACUACCAGACGCGCAACGAUCUGAUCGAAACCAUUCUGGCUUCGAUGUGUUUGCCACUGAUAUUUCUACGUAGCAUCGUGCGGACACGAGGCGGCUGGGCUGUCGACGGAGGAUUCACCAAUGAUUUGCCAUGUUGUGAUAGCUAUACGGUGACUAUCUCGUCGAUGAAUACGAACGCGGACAUUUUCCCUAAGGACUGCGCUUUCGGCCUACUCGACGUUAUUCAGGUACCGAAGCUUGAGCGUGUUUGGCAAGUGGCAAGAAUGGCCGAAAGAGAUGCAGCAGCAUGUGUCGAUUUGAAACUUGAGCACUGGAUGAAUAUCAAGAAACCCGGUACAAUCAACCAGAAUGUACCAGCACCGUCAGAUUGA